GCUGGCUGGUCGGUGCAGUGCCGGGUCUUCCUACUCCAUAUGAUCGCUGUCGGCUAAUGGCCUCGACGUCCUCUCUUCGACCUCUCUGGGUGUCGAAGCUUCGAAGCUUCUGCACUUCCUAUCGUAUGUGAUCGGGUACGAUGUACGGUGCAGGCUACACGCAGCAUUACUAUUCGAUUAUGGCCUGGAGCACCUCCAUUUUUACGACCUGCCUCUGCACGAUUGUCAACGUCUCCAUUUUCUCUGACGUGAAACGGCGCGACGCUGCCACGCAACUCGAUGCAGCGCCCGCACGCCAUGACAUAAUCCCAUCCCUCUCCCCUCCCGCCAUCCAGAGCAGCGCGCGCCCACGACGCGGUCUCUACGAGCCCUGUGGAUGAUACGGUACAGUAGUGGUGGCCGUACCGCGUGGGGUUCGCGUAACCCAGGGGGGAGGACGGAGUGACAGUAGUGAGUAGUGAGAACCUCAGGCCUUCCCCCUGCUCGCGGCGCUGGUGGUCGUGAUGGCCCGUCCAAAGGCUUACUACACAGUCUACGCUAAGGUCCUACAUAGUAACAUAAGUACCACUCUCC